AUGGAUCCUACAGAAGACUCUUCUCUGUCCAAGGCCAGCCCAUGUUCGGAGCCAGGGAAACCCUGUAACCCAUGUCUCGAUGCAGCCAAGGCUUGCAACCUCAAUGAAACCUGCAAGAGACAACGCUCCAAUUACAUCGCUAUCUGCAACAAGCUCUCUCAGCCCUCACUGGCCAACCAGGAGCCUUGCAGCCGCAAACGAUGUCACAAGGCGCUGCGUCAGUUCUUUGAGCGUGUGCAGUGGGAGCUGAGUUACCCCCUGUUGUUCUGCUCGUGUCCGGACCAGGCCUGUGCUGAGAGACGUAGACAGACCAUUGUACCUGCCUGCUCCCACCAGGAGAAACACAGACCCUCCUGUCUAGAGCUCCGACGCGCCUGCCGCUCCGACGCACUCUGCAGAUCAAGACUGGCUGAUUUCCAUACGAACUGUCAGAUGACUGGUCACUCCAUCACCAGCUGUCCCCAUGAUAACUACCAUGGCUGCCUCAUGGCCUACGUAGGCCUCAUUGGAUCUGAUGUGACUCCUAACUACAUGGACAGCAGUCCCAGUAACAGCACCAUCUCUCCCUGGUGCUCCUGCAGAGGGACUGGCAACCAGGAAAAUGAGUGUGACGCCUUCCUCAGAGACUUCACACACAACACCUGCCUCAAGAAUGCCAUCCAGGCGUUUGGCUAUGGUCCAGAGGGGAGUGUACUUCCUGUUAUAGAGUCUUUGGCCACGCCCUUUCCUCCCAUACAGCCACCACUAAACUCUAAGCCCGCUCCCUCGCUCCAUGCCAAUGAAAUCAAGCCUCAGGACAGCACCUGUGUCUUCUCAACCUGCGCCAACCUUAAGGAUGGAGAACAAAAGUGCAUUCCCUCCAAUGACUUUGAGGUGGAAGAGGUGAGUGUGCAGUGUCUGUGCUUGGAUAAAGCCUUGGAUCUCUCCACCUUUCCCGUGGAGUAUCAGGACCUCUGGGAGAUUUCCUACAAGGCCGGCGCCACAUCUCUCCUCCACAUCGAUCCUAUGACUGAGCCAUUGACCUCCUCCCUGGCACUACACCGCUUCGGGGGCGACUUUAUACCCUGUCUUGUCCGGAGACCACAACCAUGGAAGGCAUUGGUUCACUACAGCCCCAUCUUAAUCCACCCAGACCUAUCCCAUCAGUUUGUGGUGGAGGUCGAUGCCUCAAGCGUUGGAGUGGGGGCCGUCCUGUCCCAGCGUUCUGCCCAGGACCAAAAGCUGCAUCCCUGCACUUUCCUUACCCAUCGUCUUGAUCCCGCGGAGAGGAACUAUGACGUUGGUAACCGGGAACUUCUUGCGCUCAAGAUGGCGCUAGAGGAAUGA